AUGCAGGCCCAGGUAUCAGACAUCAAUAACACCGUGUCGGCGCAGGUGAAAGAAGCGUGUGCGAUUCAAUUGCGAUCACCCAUUGACCCUUUAAUUAAUAUAGAUACCACAGUGUUGGUUUUACCACAGCUGACCGGUAAUCUACCGACCUGUCAGAUAGAUGCUAUGACGAAACAAGCAUUCCCCGACCUCAUUUUAGCGGAUAAGAGAUUUUUCAUUAAUGAACAAGUUGAUCUUGUCCUAGGUGGCGACGUUUAUGCCCAAAUAAUGUUGGGCGGUAUUAGGAAGAACGUUUUAGGUACUCUUCUUGCUCAGGAAACAGUAUUCGGAUGGAUACUAACCGGCCAGACGGAAGCAAUUUCAAUCACUAAUAAACGUGUAUCGUUUUUUAACGAGGUGACCUUAGACAAACGUCUAGCCUCGUUUUGGGAGUUAGAAGACUUUUCAAAGCACAAAACCUACAAUAAAGAGGAAGUUUACUGCGAGGACCUUUAUAAACGCACAACUAAACGGAACCAGGAUGGAAAAUAUACAGUAUCGUUGCCAUUCAAACAGGAUUUUCCAAGGUGUAUACGCUUAGGACCUUCACUCAAGAUAGCUUGCUCACAAUUUUUUCGUAAUGAAAUCCGUCUAGCAAAAGACCCUCCCCUACAAACUGAAUACAAUAGGGUAUUGUCCGAGUAUGAAACGUUAGGACACAUGACGCUAAUUUCUGACCGUAUUCCGGGUGAUGAAUGCGAAAGUUACUUCCUGCCACAUCAUGCCGUUCGAAAGGAAGAGAGCACCACCACCAAAGUACGGGUGGUCUUCAACGCGUCAUGUCCUACGGCUAAUGGGGUGAGUCUUAAUGAUGUGAUCCAUCCUGGACCAGUCCUCCAGAAUGACUUGACAAUUCUAAUAUUACGGUGGAGAUUUUUUCGAUACGUUUUUAAUAGCGACAUCGAAAAGAUGUAUCGCCAAAUAUUACUAAAUCCUGACGAUACCAAGUAUCAGCGAAUAAUUUUCCGAACAAGUCCAACCGAACCAAUUAGGCUUUAUGAGCUUAAAACUGUGACUUUCGGUGUCAACUGCGCACCCUACCUCGCGAUUAGAACCCUGCUCCAAUUAGCUGACGAUGUACAAAACUCGCACCCUAUUGCGUCGGACAUCCUAAGAAAGUAUAUGUAUGUUGACGAUGUUUUAGCUGGCGGUCACACCAUCGAAGCUGCCAUCAAAGCGAAGGACGACAUCACAGGAGUACUGCAGUCUGCUGGUUUUCCUUUAAGGAAAUGGACUUCUAAUUGCACUGAAAUUUUACAUGGUACACCGAAAUCCCAUCUGCUUAAAGAAGACUUCUUAGACUUCGAAGACACCAGCACGGUCAAAGCUCUGGGAAUCAGAUGGAACGCCCAUUCCGAUAAUUUUUACUUUACAGCCAAACCAAUUGAAAACCAGACUAGCUAUACAGAAAGGGCAAUUCUAUCGGCCAUUGCCAAAUUAUUUGAUCCCCUAGGGUGGCUUGCACCAUUUGUAAUUACCGCGAAAAUUUUAAUGCAAAAUAUUUUGUUAGAAGGAACAGGGUGGGAUGAAACUGUAUCGUCAACCACGUUGGACCGCUGGAAAAACUUUAAGGAAAGCUACAGUUACAUCGAAAAGAUUCGUAUCCCCCGUUGGGUACACUUUUCACCGACAACCAAAGUCGAAGUUCACGGGUUUUGCGACGCCUCAGAAAAGGCAUAUGCGGCCUGCAUUUAUCUUCGCGUCGAAAUGGACGAAAAGGUCGCCAUCAGUCUACUACUAGCUAAAACUAAAGUGGCACCAGUUAAAACGAUUUCCUUACCACGAUUAGAACUUUGUGGGGCGGUCUUGCUAGCCGAAAUAUUGGAGUCGAUGACCAAUAAUCUUAACUUAGCCAACCGUACAACUAAGAUGUGGACGGAUUCGACCAUUGUCCAGGUUUGGCUACGGAAACCACCGUGCUCAUGGUCAACCUUUGUUGCCCAUCGAGUAACAAAAAUAAUAGAAAAGGUCGGAAAAGAAAAUUGGUGUCAUGUAGAUUCAACAUCAAAUCCGUCAGACUUAGCCAGUAGAGGACUUCCGGCGCAAGAAUUAGUAAACAACUCCCUGUGGUGGGAGGGCCCUUCUUGGCUGCAAGAAGAUCACUCCAAAUGGCCCACUGAAGAAAAGGACUAUAAUACAGUUAUAGAAGAGAAAAGGGUGCAGGUACACGCAACAACAAGAGUGGAAUCAUGUCUCAAUUCUAGACCCCUGAGCCCCUCUUCAAAUCAACCAGCAGACCUGGAGCCACUGACUCCAGGUCACUUCCUAGUCGGUGGACACAUACUAGCUCCACCAGAAAUAGACGCCGAUGAAAAUCGUGCAUCGAUCAACUAUGACUAUGACUAUAACUAUGAAUUUGACCAUGAGUAUGACUAUGACUUUGACUAUGCGUAUAACUGUGACUAUGACUAUGACUAUGGUUAUAACUACGGCUAUGACUACGACGAUGACUUCGUAUUUGACCAUGACUAUGACUAUAACUAUAACUAUAACCAUGUCUAUAACUAUGGCCUUAUAACUAUGACUUUGACCAUGACUAUAAUUAUGACUGUGACUGUGACUAUAACUAUGACUAUUUACCACUAUGGCUAA